CAGGAUAUCUCAAUCUUGAAACUACUAUAAGUCUCAUCAGUGAUCUCAAUUUCUCUCCACAAAAGUCUACUUCUUCUGCUUUUAGCUUACACUUCUGGCAAUAGUGCCUCUCUCCAAUCUGCGACAUUCUUACUAGACACUGAUGGCUGCCACUUUCUCCACCAUUGGAGCCGUCAACCGAGCACCGCUGAGCUUGAACAGCACUGGUGCUGGUGCUUCAGUUCCCAGCUCGGCCUUUUUGGGCAGCAGCUUGAAGAAAGUGACCUCAAGAAUCACCAACCCCAAGGCUUCCAAUGGGAGCUUCAAGGUUGUUGCAGAGGUUGAGGAGGAUAAGCAGACCAACAAGGACAAAUGGAAAGGCCUUGCUUUUGACGAAUCCGAUGACCAGCAAGACAUCACCAGAGGAAAGGGUAUGGUUGACACACUCUUCCAGGCACCAACUGGAGCUGGAACUCACUAUGCUGUCAUGAGUUCUUAUGAUUACAUCAGCACUGGACUUCGCCAGUACAACUUGGACAACAACAUGGAUGGUUUUUACAUUGCACCUGCCUUCAUGGACAAGCUUGUUGUUCACAUCACCAAGAACUUCAUGUCCCUACCUAACAUCAAGGUUCCUCUCAUCUUGGGUAUUUGGGGAGGUAAAGGUCAAGGGAAAUCAUUCCAGUGUGAGCUUGUCUUUGCCAAGAUGGGAAUCAACCCCAUUAUGAUGAGUGCUGGAGAACUGGAAAGUGGGAACGCAGGAGAGCCUGCAAAAUUGAUCAGACAAAGGUACCGUGAGGCAGCUGAUAUUAUCAGGAAGGGAAAAAUGUGCUGCCUCUUCAUCAAUGAUCUUGAUGCAGGAGCUGGUAGGCUUGGUGGAACAACCCAAUACACUGUCAACAACCAAAUGGUUAAUGCCACCCUUAUGAACAUAGCUGAUAACCCAACAAAUGUCCAGCUCCCUGGUAUGUACAACAAGGAGGACAACCCCCGUGUCCCCAUCAUAGUCACUGGUAACGAUUUCUCAACAUUAUAUGCUCCUCUCAUCCGUGAUGGUCGUAUGGAGAAGUUCUACUGGGCACCUACCCGGGAAGACCGAAUUGGUGUCUGCAUAGGGAUCUUCAGGACUGACAAUGUUCCUGUGGAUGACAUUGUCAAGCUUGUUGACACCUUCCCUGGCCAAUCAAUUGAUUUCUUUGGAGCCCUUAGGGCCAGAGUUUAUGAUGAUGAAGUGAGAAAGUGGGUUUCAACUGUUGGGGUAGACGGCGUUGGGAAGAAACUUGUGAACUCAAAGGAAGGAUCCCCAACUUUCGAGCAGCCAAGGAUGACCAUUGAGAAUCUCCUUGAGUAUGGAAAUAUGCUUGUCCAAGAGCAAGAGAAUGUGAAGAGAGUCCAACUUGCUGACAAGUACUUGAGCGAGGCUGCUCUUGGAGAGGCAAAUGAGGAUGCUAUUAAAAGUGGAAAUUUCUAUGGUUAGCUCCCUUGAUCCUAGGGGCCUUGAUGGGAGGCAAAGCAGCCCAGCAAGUAAAAUUUCCUGUUCCUGAAGGUUGUACUGAUCCAAAUGCACAAAACUUUGACCCGACUGCUAGGAGUGAUGAUGGGAGCUGCCUGUACACAUUUUAGGCCUUUUCUAGGUAUCAAGUGGAAAGGAGAAAUGCUUUCUAAGAAUGUUAGAUAAACAAUUAUUGUGUUACGAUGUUUGAAUGGAUUGGUAUCCUCUAAUUUUGUUUCAUAAUGUAUACUGUUUUCAAUCAUAGUGCAUUUGGAUGCUUGUUCUA